AUGGCGCAACGCGCUGGAACUAGCGGGAAACUACCUGAAGCACUGCCAAACAUAAAGCCCUGCAAAUGGGACGACUCGACUUGUCUGAAGGCUUCAGCGCAGGCCGCCAUACCGGUGAUAGCUGCUGGUAUUCCAGAAUUGGGAGUGGCUUCCUCCGACCCGAUGGUCGUAGAGAAGAUGAGCUCUAAUAACGCUGGAUUAAACUUGGACCUCAGCCAGAUCACCAUCACUGGGCUGAGUCAGUGUCAGGUUGGGAAAGUUAGCCGUGAUCUCGAGAAAUCAACCAUAGUGCUUAGUAUGCGUUGCCCCAUAGAGCUGGAUUCACACUACAACGUAUCUGGGAGCCUGGUCAUCAUUCCCAUUGAGGGUAGCGGGGAGUUUGGUAUCAAAGCUGAAAACGUGAAGUUGAAGUUCGAAGCCAAGAUUGAAGAGGAAACUGGUGCCGACGGCAAGAGGCACUGGAAGGUGGCCAGCUACAAGCACAGCUACGAACCUGACAAGGUGGUGAUCAGGAUCACCAACCUCUUCGGUGGCGACGAGAAAACAGCCGCUCCCGUGCUGGAAUUCAUCAACCAGCAAUGGCGGGUGUUCAUCCAGAGUGUGGGCAAGGCGUUCGUCGACGAGUUCGUCAAGCUGAUGGUCGACAACGUCAACAAAUGGAUGGCGGCGGUUCCAACUGAAGAGUUGGAAGUAGUUUAA